AUGUCUUUGCACGACAUAAAACCACGUCCUCUUUUAGAAAUCGCAUGUUUCAAUGGCACAUCGGCCAUCAGUGCGGCUGAAGGCGGGGCCGAUCGGAUUGAAUUAUGCCAUGAUUAUGCAUCUGGGGGGCUUUCACCAGACCCAGGGGUGUUAUCGCAGCUGAAAUCCCAGUUGUCGAUUCCAAUCUUCGUGAUGAUCCGCCCACAUUCCGAAGGCUUCGUCUACAACAAGGAAGAUUUUGAGAUCAUGAAAUCCACUUUGGUUGCUAUGAAGGAAGCUGGAGCGGAUGGUUUUGUUUUUGGAAUUCUAAACCAAAAACAACCAGGGGAUACCAACUCGAACUCAUGGAUUGACAUUGAGAGAAAUACAGAACUGGUUCGACUCGCUGGAAGAAAACCAUGUACUUUCCAUCGCGCCUUUGAUUGCAUUCCAGAGCAUCACUGGGGUGCGACGCUGAGUGAACUUGCAAAAUGUGGCUUUGCUUCGAUAUUAACAAGUGGCGGCCCGUCGGGGAAUACCGCGUUGGAAUGCAUUGAUGAAUUAGGUCGCCUUUUUCAAGAGCUUCGUCGCGUUCAACAAAUUCUCCCGGUUGGUACUCGGGUGCCAGAAAUUAUAGUGGGAGGGGGUGUGAGGCCUUCUAAUGUACGGCUCUUGAAUGAGAAAACAUCUGCGCCUGUGUUCCAUUCAAGUGCGCUGGUUAAUCAGACUGAUGAUGUUGACGUGAAUGAAGUGGGCAAACUCAGAGAGUUAAUUGUUUAA